AUGCAUGCGCGGAAAGUGUUUUGCGAUGCGUUCGGCCUCGCGUGCGAGGCAAAUCCGCGGCUCAAAUACGCUUACGACGAGCUUGUCAGUGAUGAGCAGCUGACUUUGAAGGACGUGUAUGAUCUGGAAGGCGUGAAGCCCCUCGGUAUGUAUGCGACUUGCCCUGAACCCUCAAUCGCACUCACCGAUCCCCUCUGUCCCUCAUUUGCUCCUCUCCAUUCCCUUUGCCCAUCACUCCAUUCCCUCUGUCUCUCCUUUGCUCCUCUCCAUUCCCUUUGCCCAUCACUCCAAUCCCUCUGUCCCUCCUCUUCUCCUCCGCUGCUCCUUCCAUGCCCAUCACUCCCCCUCGCAUCCCAUUACUUGGCAGUCAAAGGCGGACUGCUGCGAUGGCAUGUGGAUGACGAGCUGAACUGCCCUUUUGCAACGGGGCUGUUUGAUAUCAUCAUUCGGAAUGCGUUUCAGAAGGGUGUUGGUGGUUCUGCGACUGUCAUCAAGGCUUUCCACAUUGCAUACGUCAUGUAUUCGGUACCCCUUUCCCUAUACCCACAACUUCCCUUUUCCCUUCCUCCCAACCCCACCGAAUGUGCCUCUGUUGCCCCUUGUGCAGUGGCAGUCACUCCAGGCCUUCCGCUCACCUCAUCCUUGCCCUCUACCCUUCCUCCCAACCCCACCUAUGUGCCUCUGUUGCCCCUUAUGCAAUGGCAUGGCAGUCACUCCAGGCCUCCCGCUCACCUCAUCCUCGCCCUCUACCCUUCCUCCCAACCCGACCUAUGUGCCUCUGUUGCCCCUUGUGCAGGGGCAGUCACUCCAGGCCUUCCGCUCACCUCAUCCUCGCCCUCUACCCUUCCUCCCAACCCCACCUAUGUGCCUCUGUUGCCCCUUAUGCAGUGGCAGUCACUCCAGGCCUUCCGCUCACCUCAUCCUCGCCCUCUACCCUUCCUCCCAACCCCACCUAUGUGCCUCUGUUGCCCCUUUUGCAGUGGCAGUCACUCCAGGCCUUCCGCUCACCUCAUCCUCGCCCUCUACCCUUCCUCCCAACCCCACCUAUGUGCCUCUGUUGCCCCUUUUGCAGUGGCAGUCACUCCAGGCCUUCCGCUCACCUCAUCCUCGCCCUCUACCCUUCCUCCCAACCCCACCUAUGUGCCUCUGUUGCCCCUUGUGCAGUGGCAGUCACUCCAGGCCUUCCGCUCACCUCAUCCUCGCCCUCUACCCUUCCUCCCAACCCCACCUAUGUGCCUCUGUUGCCCCUUAUGCAGUGGCAGUCACUCCAGGCCUUCCGCUCACCUCAUCCUUGCCCUCUACCCUUCCUCCCAACCCCACCUAUGUGCCUCUGUUGCCCCUUAUGCAGUGGCAGUCACUCCAGGCCUUCCGCUCACCUCAUCCUCGCCCUCUACCCUUCCUCCCAACCCCACCUAUGUGUCUCUGUUGCCCCUUUUGCAGUGGCAUCACUCCAGGCCUUCCGCUCACCUCAUCCUCGCCCUCUUCCCUUCCUCCCAACCCCACCUAUGUGCCUCUGUUGCCCCUUGUGCAGGGGCAGUCACUCCAGGCCUUCCGCUCGCCUCAUCCUCACCCUCUUCCCUUCCUCCCAACCCCACCUAUGUGCCUCUGUUGCCCCUUGUGCAGGGGCAGGGCAGUCACUCCUGCCAUGUUGAGCACGGUGUUCAGCAUCACACCACCAACGGCAAGAAGGUUUCAACCGAUGCCUGCGUCAACCACGACCAGAUCCUUUCGCUUCACAGGAAGGUGAAGGCGGCGAUCAAGAAGUAUCUGGAUGACACUCCUGACGACCAGCUGUCGUCUUGGGAUGCGGAUCACCAGAGAUGGGUAUUCAGACCGACGGGCAACGUUGUCAUCUCGGGCAGCGGCUUUCCGAAUCACAUCCCCGACGGCGCAGAUCCUGACAAGAGGGACAAGGAGGAGGCGGAGAUCCUGGUGAAGUAUUGCAGGAUGCAGGCCGACAAGAUUGAGAGAGGUUGUCAGGCGCAGGGUGAUGGUCGUGAUGACGAGGAUAACGAGGUAGGCAAUUGGAUGGAUGAAGGGGAUGAUGAGUAUUGA